AUGAGACUUCUCAAUGUUUCUUCCUUAAGCCUAGAAGAUUUUCCUCCCAACGGAAUCCCUCCUUACGCCAUUCUUUCUCACACAUGGGGAAUUGACGAGGUAACUGCGGCCGACAUCCACCAUCCCAUCGGAAAAUCGAACCCAUCAUGGGGGAAAGUAUUGAGCACAUGUGAACAAGCGAAAGCAGACCAUCUCCAAUAUGUUUGGAUUGAUACCUGUUGUAUCGAUAAGUCCAGCAGUGCAGAGCUAUCAGAGACUUUGAACACGAUCUAUAUAUGGUAUGAGAAAGCGGCUAUUUGCUAUGCAUAUCUAGUAGAUGUGCCAAAGACCGAUAAUCCCCGGCUACGUGGGUCAGCCUUUCAGCGAAGUCGAUGGUUCAGUCGAGGUUGGACGUUGCAGGAGUUGAUUGCGCCCCGAGAGGUGGUUUUCUUCUCCAACGACUGGACUGAAAUAGGACGCAAAACCGCACUGUGUGAUAUACUGGAGCGAAUCACUCGCAUCCAGGAAGAUAUCCUCAUUCACAGAAGACCACUUUCGUCGAUGAGUUUGGCAAGGCGCAUGGCAUGGGCUGCGUAUCGCGAGACCAGUCGCCCUGAAGACAUCGCCUACUGCCUGAUGGGUAUCUUUUCUGUCAACAUGCCCAUGCUGUAUGGGGAAGGGGAGAAGGCAUUCUUGCGUUUGCAGGAGGAAAUUAUAAAAUCCUCCGACGACCAGUCCCUUUUCGCUUGGACCGACACCGAUGCUUCACCAACCUCCCUGCACGGGCUCUUUGCUACCUCCCCCUCCCAAUUUGCUGUCUGCCACGAUAUUCUCCCCUACCAAGACUGGGAACCUCGGACACCUUAUAUCAUGACCAACCGCGGGCUUCAGAUUGAGCUCCCAAUUUUGUGGCGAGAGGAAGAUACCUAUGUCGCUGCUCUCGAUUGCCCAUUGAUCAAUAUGCGCGCGUCAAAGUAG